GGGGCGGGGCUCAUAUCACACGCCGUCUUUGGACAGCUGACGCCUGGAGUCAUUAAAGACUCUGUAGGGGACGGAGAGGUUUCACAACAUGAAGGAACUGGACCCAAACAUGGGGGACCGAAAGAACUGUGGUGGGUCAUCGCCCGACGACCUUGUCUUCUUCGUGAAUGGCAAAAAGGUCGUGGAGAAAAAUGCAGAUCCUGAAAUGACAUUACUCACCUAUCUGAGGAGGAAGUUGGGCCUACCAGGGACCAAGCUCGGUUGUGCCGAAGGUGGCUGUGGAGCGUGCACGGUGAUGCUGUCCAAAUACGAACCUGAAGCGCAAAAGCUGCUUCAUUAUGCCGUGAAUGCCUGCCUCGCCCCGAUCUGCUCCUUGCAUCUGGUUUCUGUGACGACCGUGGAAGGAAUAGGAAGUGUUGCGAGGCAGCUGCAUCCCGUACAGGAGCGGAUCGCGAAGGCUCAUGGAUCGCAGUGUGGUUUCUGCACUCCGGGUAUCGUCAUGUCCAUGUACGCGUUGCUGAGAAACAACCCCACCCCCAAAAUGGCUGAAGUGGAAGAGGCCUUCCAAGGAAACCUUUGUCGCUGCACUGGAUAUCGGCCCAUCCUGGAGGCCUACAAGACGUUUACUGUGGAGGGUGGAUGUUGUGGAGGGAAGGGACGAGAAAACGGCUGCUGUAUGACAAAUGGCAAAGUGGAGGAGGAGGCGGAUGCGGACUCGGCCCCGAGGCUGUUCAACCCUGCUGACUUUGCGCCACUCGACCCGACUCAGGAGGUCAUCUUCCCUCCAGAGCUGACGUCACUGAGCAAAAAUCAGAAGACUUGCCUACUGCACUUCCGCAGCGACAGAGCAGCGUGGUUGCAGCCUGCCAACUUGGACGAAUUUCUCAAUCUGAAAUGGAAACAUCCUGAUGCCCGAGUGGUAGUGGGAAACACUGAAGUGGGUAUAGAAGUAAAGUUCAAGAACAUGUUGUAUCCAGUCAUUCUGGCACCAGCCUUCAUCCCUGAACUCCACAGAGUAACACACACUCAAGAUGGCAUUGUGUUUGGCGCCGCCUGCACUCUCACCCAGGUGGGUGAGGUACUGAAAGAGGCUGCGGAAUCACUCCCGUCUUACAUGACCCAAGUCUUUGUCGCAGUCCUGGAGCAGUUGCGGUGGUUUGCGGGUCAGCAGAUCCGCAAUGUUGCGGCUAUUGGUGGAAACAUCAUGACUGCCAGCCCCAUAUCAGACCUGAAUCCUGUUUUUAUGGCAGCCAGCUGUAAACUCACACUGAUGGACAAAGAUAGCACUCGUGUGGUUCAGAUGGACGACGCAUUCUUUGUGGGUUACAGGAGGACUAUGCUGCGUCCACAAGAAAUCCUUCUGUCCAUUGAGAUCCCCUACAGCAGGAAGCAACAGUUUGUAUCAGCCUUCAAACAGUCACCUCGCCGAGAGGACGACAUCAGCAUUGUCACGGCAGCAAUGAGUGUCACUUUCACUCCCGGUACAUGUGUUGUGGAGGAUCUGAGGCUAAGCUACGGCGGUAUGGCGCCGACCACAGUGCUUGCGAAAAACACAGCAAAUAAACUGUUGGGAAGAUGCUGGGGGGAGAACUUGCUGGAAGAAGCAUGCUCCUCAUUGGUGGAAGAGUUGACCCUUGAGCCCUCUGUCCCAGGGGGCAUGGUGAAAUACCGCCAAACUCUUACCCUCAGCCUAUUCUACAAAUUCUACCUGAGAGUGCUGCAGGAGCUCGGAGGGCAGGGUUUGAAUGUGGAAGAGGUCAGAUCUGAUUUCCAGAGUGCAACAGAGAUUUACCAUCAAGAGGAGCCAUCCAGCGUUCAGAUUUACCAGGAGGUGCCACAGGCUCAGCACGCUGACGAUGUGGUGGGCCGUCCCAUGAUGCACCUCUCAGCUCUGAAGCAGGCGACGGGUGAAGCGGUGUACUGCGACGACAUACCACUGUUUGAGAACGAGGUGUACUUGGCGCUCAUUACCAGCAGCAAGCCACAUGCUCGCAUCCUCUCCAUUGACUCAUCAGUAGCCGAGUCUUCGCCCGGCUUCAUUUGCUGUGUCUUUGCUGGCGACAUUCCUGGCAGCAACACCACUGGGAUAGGGCAUGAUGAGACUGUCCUUGCUGACCGCCAGGUCACAUGUGUGGGUCACAUCAUUGGUGCCGUCGUGGCCGACACUCAACUUCAUGCCCAGCGAGCCGCCAAAGCCAUCAGGAUACAGUAUGAGGAGCUGCAGCCUAUUAUCACCAUACAGGAAGCCAUUGCUGCUAAGUCCUUCUAUCAGCCAAUUCGAACACUCAAGAAGGGAGAUCUGGAGGCGGGAUUUAAACAGGCAGACCAUAUCCUGGAAGGUGAGAUGCACAUUGGCGGUCAAGAGCAUUUCUAUCUGGAGACCAACGUGACUGUGGCUGUCCCUCGAGGAGAAGAUCAUGAAAUGGAACUCUUUGUUUCUACUCAGGCUCCCUCUGAAACACAGUCUCUGGUGGCCAUGGCAUUGGGAAUUCCUGCCAAUAGGCUGGUAGUUCGUGUAAAAAGGAUGGGAGGAGGCUUCGGUGGAAAAGAGAGUCGGACUACCUUACUCUCGACUGUCGUCUCCGUGGCCGCACACAAGCUGGGGCGGCCGGUCAGGUGCAUGUUGGACAGAGAUGAAGACAUGUUGAUCACUGGAGGAAGACACCCAUUCUACGCAAAAUAUAAGGUGGGCUUCCUGAACAGCGGGAAAGUGGUAGCUCUGGAUGUGUCGUACUAUAGCAAUGCUGGAAACUCCCGUGACCUCUCUCUGUCAGUCAUGGAGCGAGCUCUGUUCCACAUGGAGAAUUCGUACGGCAUUCCAAAUGUGUACGGUCGCGGCUUCUUGUGCCGCACGAACCUGCCAUCUAAUACGGCCUUCAGAGGCUUUGGAGGUCCCCAAGGCAUGAUGUUUGCUGAAAAUUGGAUAACUGACGUGGCUCAGAGUCUUGGUCGGCCAGCCGAUGAGGUACGACGGAUCAACCUGUAUCAACAAGGUGAACUGACACCGUACAACCAGGUCCUGGAACAGUAUACGUUGGAUCUCUGCUGGGAUGAGUGCCUUUCCCGCUCACAGUACCAGCAGCGCCGAUCUGCUGUGGAACUCUAUAACAGACAGAACCGAUGGACCAAACGAGGCCUUGCCAUUGUACCAACUAAGUUUGGUAUCAGCUUCACCGCUCUCUUUCUUAACCAGGCCGGAGCGCUGGUUCACAUAUACAAAGAUGGCUCGGUACUGGUGACUCAUGGUGGGACAGAAAUGGGCCAAGGACUUCACACUAAGAUGGUCCAGGUUGCCAGCCGGGUUCUUGGUAUUGCCAGCUCAAAGAUCCACAUAUCGGAGACAAGCACCCAAACUGUUCCUAACACAAGUCCCACUGCUGCGUCGGCGUCCUCGGACCUCAAUGGAGCUGCUGUGAAAAACGCCUGCCAGCUUCUCAUUGAGCGCCUGGAACCAUACAAGAGCAAAAACCCCAAAGGAUUAUGGGAAGAUUGGGUGACAGCAGCGUACUUUGACAGAGUCAACCUGAGUGCGAACGGCUUUUACAAGACUCCGGAUCUAGGAUACAACUUUGAAACCAACACCGGCCGAGUGUUUAACUAUUUCAGCUAUGGAGUCGCCUGUUCUGAAGUGGAAGUCGACUGUUUGACUGGAGCUCACAAGAACCUGAGCACUACCAUUGUUAUGGAUGUCGGUGUGAGCCUCAAUCCCGCAAUCGACAUCGGACAAGUGGAAGGGGCAUUCAUGCAGGGUGUGGGUCUAUUCACCCUGGAGGAGCUUCACUAUUCACCCGAAGGCGUCCUCCUCAGCCGGGGUCCAGGUUCUUACAAGAUCCCGGCGUUUGGUGACAUUCCCCGCAAGCUGACUGUAUCGUUGCUUCGGGAUGGCGCCCAUGACAAGGCCAUCUUCGCCUCCAAGGCUGUGGGCGAGCCUCCUCUGUUCCUAGCAUCCUCCGUUUUCUUCGCCAUCAAGGACGCCAUCUGUGCAGCUCGGGCCGAGUCAGGCAUCACAGGUCCGUUCCGGUUGGAUAGCCCCGCGUCUGUAGAGCGGAUCCGAAACGCUUGCAAUGACCGCUUCACCAAACUGUGUCAUGCUGCAGAUCCUGGGACAUUCCGACCUUGGUCUGUCCAAGUCUGAAUGUCUUGGAAACCAGAAUGAUUCAAAGCAGAUAGAGAAGAGCACAUUGAAGAAUACAAGAAUAUAUUGUCCCAAGGAACAUGUUCGUAAAAUAAAAAAAAAAAAAAAAGACAUUCUUCCGGUCACACUAGAACUGAUCCACUUGCCUUCUGUUGUUGUGGCAACUUUUACAUACUGCAGCUUUUGGAAACCCGUGUGAACAAAUUGUGUGAUUGCAAAUAAAAGAAUAAAUCAUUUAG